AUGAACGAGGCAAAAUUGCGUCAGCUUGAGAAACGUCUCAAGUUACGAGUCAAGACAGGCUGCGAGACUUGCAGGGUUCGGCGAAUCAAAUGCGACGAGACAAAACCAGCAUGCACACGCUGCACUUCGACGGGUAGAACAUGCGAGGGCUACAAGCAUGUCGACAAGUGGAAAGACGGCUCCCCGGCUGCUGCCGCUUCGUAUCGGAAUUCUUCUUUUCUCGUAGUUCCCCAAAAGGCCAUGCAAUUUGUCAUCUCCAGGAGUCCUUCCCAGAGCUUCAGUCCAGAUUCAAGGGAAACCCGCUCUUUCCAGUUCUUCCAGACACGCACUCUCCCCGGAUGGAUUGAAUUCUUCGACUCGGAGCUUUGGAGUCGGACGGUGUUACAAAUGAGCCAUUCCGAGCCAGCCAUUAAACACGGGCUCCUGGCACUGAGUACUAUGCACGAACGAUUUGAGACUACAGCACCGGCUAUCAGCGCGAGCACGAACGACUUCGCCUUUCUUCAAUAUAUGCAAGCCGUCAAGCAUUCCAAUAAGCUGUUGGCUGCCCAAGCGGGUAAUGUAAACAUUGAAAAGAUCCUCAUCGCGUGCAUCAUCUUUACAUGCUACGAGAACCUUUCGGGUAAUUAUCUGGCAGCCAACAUGCAUCUACGCAAUGGCAUGCGCAUAUUAAAUCAGCACAAGAACGACUUGAGCCUGCAGCAGAAUGCAUCUCAGGAGUGGAUCGGACAUGUACUGUACCGGUUUGACCUCCAGGCCAUGACCUUCUCCGAAACCCAUUCACCAUACCACUACUCAUUAACAAGCCCACCGGAUUGUCCGCAGAUACACAAGACUUACACAAGAAAUUCGCUGGCGCGUGAUGAUAUGGUGGGACUCAUGCGAUGCGUCUUGUGGCUCUCGGGAGUAGUGGACGUGGAUCCACAAGCGGCGAAACACCCUAUAUGGCUGCAGGCCUACUCCCAGCUGAGGAAGUCCAUCGAAGAAUGGGAUGACGCGUUUGCCAACUACCAGCAGAAUCUCUCCGAGCACGAGCAGCGUGACCCCAAGGUCUUCACGGGAGACACCCUCUUGAAGAUGUACUCCAUCAUGACGAGCGUCAUGGCAACAGCCGGAGCGGGACUCGAGACGGAGAUGGCUUGGGAUGCAUUCGUAGACUCGUUCAAGACCAUCGUCGACCUAGCUGAAAACCUUCCCAUUCUGCGACCGGAUUCUUCGCCGUCUUCUUUUUCUUCUUCUCCGUCAUCUCCAUCGCCAGACCCACGACCCUCUCAAUCGGCCGAAAGCCAUCCAAUAGCUCCUAAACCGAGGAGAAUUCCAUCUUCCGCGCCUCCAGGAGCAUCGACGAUAGUGUUUCGUGCAGAUCCUGGCCCUCCAGUCGGCGUAUCCCACCAAGCUCAAUCCAGCACGAAUGUAAACUCGGUAUCGCAGCGGACCCAUACCUCGUUCUCGCCGUCGUUCGAGCUAUCGCCCAUCGUACCCCUAUUUGUAACGGCGUGUCGGUGUCGAGACCCCGUGGUGCGCCGCCGAGCAAUUGCCCUGCUGCUAACGUGCCGGCGCCGGGAGGGCGUCUGGGACUCGCUCGGCGCCGGUAUAAUAGCCUUGAACUGGGCGAAGAGGGAAGAGGGU